AUGGCGGCCGACCCCCUGAGCCACUGGCACUCCCGCGCACGAAGCCAUCCUGCUCUGACCUCUCUCUUCUUUAUUUGCAGAUGGAAAGGGCCAGCAGACCAUUCGCCUAAAACAACAUCGAACGUCCUUUGGAAAUUUGUGAAAACAAUGAGAGUUCAACUGAAGGGUGAUGCCAUCUGUACACUCUUCCUGGUGGUAGCGCUCUUCACCAUCCUCUAUUCCCAGCUGGGUCACACUUCCCUUCGAGAAGAACAAGUGAAGGUCCCAAAGAGGCCUUCGCCAUCAACACGUAGGGCCUUCCAUGCCCUCCAAAGGAAGCUGGAUGCCAGGCCGACAGCAUCCGGGCCCAGAAUGAUUUCAGCCAUGAAGCAUCUGAAGGUGGCAAGUCAAAGCCACGUGGGCACCAGCCCUCCACCUUCAACACCUUCCGCCUUUGAUUUCAGGCAAUACCUUCGGGACAAAGACAACAGGAAGUUUGAUAUUCUCAUUAACCAACCCAAGAAGUGCAAAAGGAACCCAGGCGGUCCUUUCUUGCUCAUUGCGGUCAAAUCCCUGGUGGAGGACUUUGACCGCCGGGAGAUUGUCCGGAAAACCUGGGGAAGGGAAGGGUUGGUGAACGGAGCUCAGGUUCAAAGGGUUUUCCUCCUGGCUGUCCCGAAGAAUAAGACGACUUUGCCGACUUGGGAGACUCUCGUCCAACAGGAGAGCCAGAUGUAUCGGGACAUCCUCUUGUGGGACUUCCUCGACACCUUCUUCAACUUGACUCUGAAAGAGAUCCAUUUCCUCAACUGGGCGGACGAGUUUUGUUCCAACACCAAGUUCAUCUUCAAGGGCGACGCUGAUGUCUUUGUCAACGUGGAGAACAUUGUGAACUUCCUCGAGAGCCGCGAUCCCGCCGAGGACCUCUUCGUGGGGGACAUCAUCUACAACGCACAACCGAUCCGGACGCACAAGAGCAAAUACUUCAUCCCAGAGACAAUGUACGGGUUGGGCAUGUAUCCGGUCUAUGCUGGAGGCGGAGGGUUCUUGCUCUCCAGCAGUACCAUGAGGAAGCUCUCCCAGGCCUGCAGCCAGGUGGAACUCUUCCCCAUUGACGACGUCUUCUUGGGCAUGUGCCUCCAAAGAAUCAACCUGAAGCCUGUCAUGCAUGAAGGGUUCAAGACCUUUGGGAUUACCAAGCCCUCCGCUGCGCCUAACCUGCAGACUUUUGAUCCUUGCUUUUACAAAGACCUCAUGGUGGUCCAUAGCCUGAAGGUGGCGGAAAUCUGGCUGAUGUGGAAUCUACUCCACAAUUCGCGGCUCUCUUGCACACAAAGGAAGCAAGUCAAGAAGGCUUUCCGAUGGAAAAUGAAAACUAAAGAGACUACCCUUGGUUAUCCUGCAUGAGAUUGACAUACAAACAGUUAUGUUCCACACCCAACACAACAGACACCGAAUCCUUGCCUUAGGCUCAUUGUCCGAGUAGGAUAGUCUUCCAAGAUCAGUGUUCUGGUGGGUCUGUAGGUAAUUGUGGAGCCCUAUUCUUAAUAUGCAUCUUCUCCCGCAGUCAGGGGCGGCUCGUCCAUUAUGCAAAGUAAGCGGUCGCGGUACACUUUUUUUUUUGCCAGGGGCGCAGAGGUGCCUCUGCAAAUGCCCCUCGACUGCCACUUGAGGAGCGCCCCCUCGGCUCACAACAGCCCUAGCAGUCCGGUGGGAGCCUCAACUUCCUUGCCUCACUGCCGGGCAAUCCUCUUCCCGAAGGGGCCGGGCCCUUGAGCCUCCCCUAGCCCCUCUCGUUCUUGCUCCAUAUCAGUGAUUGGUUGGGGGGGGGCACCAAAAUACUGUUUGCUUACCAUUGAAAAUUACCUAGGGCCGCCUCUGCCCGCAGUGAGGGCAUUGGUUUCCUGACGGAAGGCGGUCUCGGUUGCCUUCCUCUUGGCACGUUUUUCUCUUUCGCCUUCCAUUUGUGCCUCUUCAAAUAAUAAUAAUAUAAUAAACUGUAUUUAUACCUGUUGCAUCCCAGUUCAAGAAAUGAGACCAUAAGAUUAAAUCCACCACACUGGACUGUAGGAAAAGCAAUCCUUGUUUAUUGAUAAAAAAUUGGUUACAAAAGAAAGGUAAAUGCAAAGUCAAAAAGCCACAGAAAAACACAGCAGUCAGUAGAAUCUCUGAACUUGAGCAAAAUUUCAAAAGCCACAAUACAAGAACCAGGAAUCUGUUAGCCUUUUACUAACCAUGAACUUGAUAACUAAGCCUCUGGGAUUACUGGCCAUGAAACACAGGAAUUCUGCCAAGGCACAGCCACAGUCCCAAACGUUGCUUGAUCUAAAGAGGCACCCGGCAGGAGGCCUCUUAAACCAAAGAAGCUAUUCUUUGAAACGCCCCUUGACUUUGAAGCCUGGGCCUGUCUCUCCUGUAAACGAUGUGACCUUCGUAGAAACUGGGAAAUAUUUCUGUCUCUAACUAUCUGUUCUCUUCGGUCCUCAUUAAAAACCCCAGGUGGAGAGAUAUCACGGCUAACUUCUAAAACAUUUUCCUCCAGCUGUUGAGUUUCGUUUUCAUCCCCGCUGACCUCUGCAUCAACAACAGAUUCCACACUGUCAGGGUCAGGGAGAGCUUGCUCAGUUGGAAAAACUAUCAGAGAAUCCGGUUCACACAGAUCAGGAUCAGGCUGAACCCCAACAAUACCCCGCCACCAUCUCCCUGAUGGGGACUCGGAGCAGCUUACAUGAGGCCAAGCCCAAAUAACAAUUUAUUUGUUCAAAUUCUACAGCACUGCUGGUCACAGCUGACCUCCAGCUGGAGCACUCAAGGGCCAGGGCUUCCCAAUUCUCAGUGUCUAUGCCAAAGUUUUUCAGGUUGGCUUUGAGCCCAUCUUUUCCAUUUUCCGUUCUUGAGUUUGGAGUAGAGCAACUGCUUUGGGAGACGGUCACCGGGCAUCCGGACAACGUGGCCGGUCCAGCGGAGUUGAUGGCGGAGGACAAUCGCUUCAAUGCUGGUGUUCUUUGCUUCUUCCAGCACGCUGACAUUUGUCCGCUUGUCUUCCCAAGAGAUUUGCAGGAUUUUCCGGAGGCAGCACUGAUGGAAUCGUUCUAGG